GCCAGGGGUGAUAGCUUACAUAGAGCGGAUAGACCGUCUCAUCUUGCAGUAAUGCUGCGGGCUAUCCCGUUAACAUCAUCCCGAGGCACAUGCAACGCCCGUUCGGCAGCGCUCUAUGGUGUCACUGAUCAUGAAGAUGAUGAAACUAUCUUGAAGCUUCAGCAGGAAUGGGUCCGUGUAUUGCCAGAGUUCAACCCAGGUGCUCAUGCUCGAGUGUGGAUGUGUCUCAUACUGGGAUUGACGGUGUAUGAAUGUUUGUAGAUCCAGCUGCGUUGGAUAAACCGGGCGUUGCUUCCCCUCCGACGAAUGUUAGCAUCUUCGAUCAGUGGAGAUUGGUUCAUACGUGGCUUCUCCCUCCAAUAUUU